GUAAAAGCUUACUGCUCUGAAGCAUAAAUUGCCACUAAGGAAGUAAGUUACCGGUUACAUUGACGCAGAGAGUGAGAGAUCAAAGUCUCUAGCAACUACUUGACAACAUGCCCUCUGUAAACGGCACAAGAAGUGGCAAAAACGAAGAAGAUUUUGUGGGAAAGAAACUCAGAAUGCUUCCCACUGAGAUACUCCAGAGAGGUCAAGAUGUGGAGAAGGUGGAUCUACAGCGAAACAGACUCAAACAUGUGGCGGGUAUAUCUCAACUUUCAAACCUGACAGAACUCAACCUGUCCAGAAAUGAGAUUUCUGACUUUCCUUCAGAGAUUAAGGAUUUACACCAAUUGGUGAGACUUUACUUGAAUCAGAACAAUUUGAAAACCAUUCCAGAAGAUGUUUUUCCAUCUUUGGAGAAACUUCAGUUCCUUAAAUUGAGCACGAAUCGGAUUGCAAAACUACCUGAAGACAUCAACAAGUGUCAUAAUCUCUCUUACCUCAACCUGUCUAACAACUGUCUGACAGAUCUGGAACCUCUCGUGGGACUUCCUAACAUAAAAGAACUGUACGCUGAGAGGAACCAGCUAGCCGAGCUACCUUAUUCACUCUUUCAAACCAAAAGCUUGACUCAGUUUAAAGUCAAUGGCAACCCUCUCAAAAAACCUCCGGAGGAGGUCUGUGCCGGUGGAUUGAAGGAUAUCCAGAAUUACUUUUCUAUGCUUGAUUCCAACUCCCCAAGCGUUCGCAGUGUUAAGACCAUGUUUCUGGGGACCUCUAUGGCAGGAAAAUCCACUCUGUGCCGCAGUUUGAAGCAGGCCUGCCCUGUCAGUGUGGCUGAGGAUGAUCGUACUGUAGGGAUUGAAAUCAGUGAAGUUGAAAGUGAUGGUGUUCGUUUCUAUUUUUGGGACUUUGCGGGACAGGAAGAAUACUACAACACUCAUCAUGUUUUCAUAACAGCAGAAGCAUUUGUCAUACUCGCUAUCGAUCUUUCCAGUUACCAGACUGAGAAUCCCCAAUCGUUCGAUGAAAAAGUGGGCUUUUGGAUCAAAAAUAUUCAUCUUAAGAUACCAGGCUCAGUUGUCCUGCUUGUGGGCACACAUGUGGAUCAGUGCACGGAUGAGAAUGAAGUCAAAGAAAAGAAAAAAGAAAUUGAGGAAAAUGUGGAAAAAAUGCUUCAAACUCAUAAGUCUCAUUUAGAUCAGAAGAAAAUGAACCUGCAGAAUCAGGACAACCCAUCACUGUACUCAGACCAGAUAAAUCAGAUCGAAAGACUCACUGAGUACAAUUUAAAGGUUCUUGACCUUGUAGCGAUCGACUGCACAAAACCUCAAGACAUUCGUUUGCUGCAUGAUCACAUCAAAAACACUGUCUUGAACAAAGAAACAUUCCCAAACAUAGAACAAACAUUGCCAAAAUGCUACCAUGAAGUGGAGGCUGAUAUCCAAGAACUUCUGAGAAAUGGUGACAUUUCUGAGCAUGGUAUUGUGACUCAAGAUAUCCUCCUGUAUGAGCUAAAGAACAGACAUGAUACACUGAACCAUGACAAACUGAAGUUAAUUCUUCAGUAUCUUCACCGAAUUGGGGUCAUUAUGUGGUACAAGGAAAUCCCAGCAUUGAAAAAUUCUUUGUUUGUGAAACCAUCCUUCCUCAUCACGCUGUUCAAGACAAUUGUGAGACAUGACCUAGACAAAGAGCUGGCUGCUAUUUCUCCUCUAAUGCUCAAGCAAGAAAAUGCACUUCAGAAAUACAAGGAAAGGUGGAUCAGGGACUAUAAAGACAGAGCAACACUAAGCAACAUGGCUAUUAGGAUCCUAAUGCGCACUGAGCUCCUAAAUUUAGGCAUUACUGAUCAAGAACUACUUCAGGAGGUGGUUGGUUCUAAAAAGACAGAAGGACAUGUUCUUUCACUACUUAAGCACUUUGAUGUUUGUUUAACAUCGAAACCUAGCUGUCCUCUCAAUCCAAAUGCCAAUGAAUUUGUUCCAAAGAAAGCAUGGAAGCCCUCAAGUUCAAUUGUAGAUGAGCCAGAUGCCUGUCUGUUUCCAAGUAACCUGCCGGACAAUACGCAGGUAGAGAAGAUGUGGGGACUAGACAGUGCAGAGGACAUCAACAUCCAUGUUUACUUCCUGCCUGAAAUACCACAUGGUUUCUUUCACAGAUUGGUCAUAAGGAUAUGCUCCUGGUACACAUCAUAUUGGAUGGGAAAAGACCAGUGCUUGAUCUGCUGUGGCAGUAAACGUAUUCUCCUCAGAGAACACAUCGAUGAAGACCCCUUCAUUGAGAUACGCUGCAAAGAUAGCGACAUUAAAACCUCAGCAGAAAUCCAGAAAGCAUGGGAAGCGAUAAGACUGAUCAUGCGCCGUUUGGACGACCUCACAAUGCAGUGGCAAGGGCUGUGUCAGAUUGUCCACAGUCCCUGUAGGGAUCCUGGCUGUUCAGACUACUUUGAAUGGAAUGACUGGAAAGAGUGGCUUGAUGAAUCAGGAACAAACGAAUUUAGCGUAGGUCUAGAAGAGAAGCAUGUUUGCCGUAAUGGACACCAACGAAGAACGGAGUUGCUGUUCCCUAGAACCACUGAUGUUGCUGACACCUAGACCUGAAGGGAGAACAUAUAGACAGGCCGUACAGUAAAUACCCAAGUUAACAUGUUGCAAUGUAGAAUUUACUUUGUAACAGAUUUGAUUUACAGAUUUAUGACUUACAUUACAAAAUUUCUAAUGCUUACUACAGCCUAAAUUAUAAUUCCUGCAACACCGUUAUAUAAGUAUCCAUUAGUUAACAUGUUUUUUAUUUAUUUUAUAUAGUCAAUAUUGGAAGAAUCUAAAUGGGUUUCGAAGUUACAAUUGUAUUAUAAGAUAAAGGUUUAAUCUUAAUAUGAAAUUGCUCAGUAUGCACGAUGUUUGUAGGUACAUAUUUGUGCCGCUAGGUGGAGGUAUUGGCUCAUUACGUUUUACAUUUAAUUUCAUUGUCCAGAAGCUGCAUCAUCAUGCAGCUACCACUGUCAUUCCUUCUUCAUGUAACAAAAAAAUGCCCCAGUAAAGUUAUCCAUAU